AUCGUAUCAUGCAGCAUAAUAUGUAUUAAGAAUAAUAAUUUCUGUACAAAAACAUAAUUUGUAAAAUGUUAAAUAGUUUUUAGGAAAGAUGACUGGGAAAUAUAUUUAUUCAUGUUUUCUUCUAUUCUUGUUUCAAGCAGCUGGAAGCAAAGCUACAUUGGUGUGCAAUAAAUGUAACAGCAGUGAAAGUUUAGAAAAAUGUCAUGACGUUAUUCAGUGUGGAAACGAGCAAUCAUGCUUUACCGAAAUUCAAACCAAGGAUGAACAGAUUUCAUACACAAUGGGCUGUACAGAUAAUCAGAAUUGUGGAGAAAUUCCAGAAUAUGAUUCAGUUUCUAAGCUAAAUUCACUUCCUAUCAAGAAAUGUUAUGAAUGCUGCCAAAGUAAAGGAUGCAACUAUCACCUUUGUAAUCAUCCAACACCAUCAAAGUGUCAAGAUGACAAGAGAAUGGAUUGUGCAAAACUGAAUGAAAUGUUUGACAUAUGUAAAGACAUACAUGAUGCCAAAUUAGUUUGUCCUAAAUUCUGUAAAUUGUGCAAACUAGUUGAUGGUAACUGGGCAGAUUGGUCGCAGUGGUCAGCAUGUGACGUGACAUGUGGUAAUGGAAAACAUAAUAGAUUCAGAUCAUGCACAAACCCAGCGCCGAAAUACCAGGGUUUAGAAUGUGAAGGAGAAAAGAUCGAUUCAAAACAUUGUCAACGACCACUAUGUCCGGUCCAUGGCGGAUGGUCCAGUUGGUCUAACUGGAGUGCUUGUCCAGUAACAUGUGGAAUAGGAAUGCAAAAACGGCUCAGAAAUUGUUCGAAUCCAUAUCCUUUGCGUUAUGGUGACCAUUGUUUUGGUGAUCCAUUGGAAUUCAAAAUUUGUUUUGAAAAGCUGUGUGAUGGAGGUGUGUGGGGAAGUUGGGACGAAUGGGGAUCAUGUAGUGCCUCCUGCGAUAGUGGUAUACGCAAAAGGUCAAGAUCUUGUUCAAAUCUGGUUGGAACGAUAUGUAGCGGGAAUUCACUUGAUGUCCAGCUGUGCAAUAUACAUGAUUGUCCUUGUAGAACUUUACCAACUCUUCGAAACGGUGUUUUAAAGCUGCAAUUGGAAUCAUCGUCAAACAUAACAUAUAACAUAAUAUGCAACGAUGGAUAUCAAGUAUCAGGUCAGAAUUAUUCAAUAUGUGACAAGAAAUCCGGUUGGAACGAUGCUUCAAAUUGUGAUACAGUUUCGUGUGGAAAGCCAGUCACACCAUCGAAUGGACGACUUGUUUUUGCAAGUGGAAUCACCUUCAACUCAAUCGCAACGUUUGAGUGUUUAAGUAGCUUUAGCGCAUUUGGAAACCCAAUAUCAACAUGUUUACGUGAUGGGACAUGGUCAAAGACUGUAACAUGUAUUUCUCCCGUAUCCAUGUGUACGAAGAAGACGACCUACAACACGAGCUUUUCAAAUGUUGCUCUCGGAAAGCAAGUCAAACUUUCUUCAAAACAUUCUUUAAGCACAAGUAUGACUGACGGCAGAUAUGAUACUUACGUACAUACGUUAUUCGAUCUUAAUCCAUUCGCCGUUAUUGAUUUAGGACAGCAAUAUGCUAUAGUUUCUUUCUAUGUGGUAAAUAGUAAAGACUGCUGUGUAAAUAGACUACGUAACGUCGUCAUUCAGGUGGGGGACGAGCUUUCCAGUUUAACAACUGUUGUUCGUCAAAGGGGUGGAAUGGGUACAGUGUGCAUGUUUAAACUGGAGAAGCCAAUCAGAGGUCGCUUCGUGAAAGUAAUGAUGGAAGCAACAGAGUAUUUACAUAUCGCAGAAUUGGAAGUGUAUAGUAAAACGAACAAUUGAAUUGAUUAAAACGUCAAAUUUGCUAUUUCUAAAUCAACUUGUGUUUUUUUUCUUCUCUUAUUUCAUUUCGAAAUAUGUUUUGUAAUGUUUACUUACAUCAACAAAGGUUGCUCUUAAAGAUUGACUGUAUACAUUUGCUUUUAUUGUUUCAAAAUUAAGUGGAAAAAUCAAAUUGAUUUUUUUCUUUUUGUCUCUUACAAUUUAAAAGGAUUCUAACUGACAAUGCUUUUAUUGAAAUAAUACUUUUCAAUGAAAAUAUCAUAAUUUUUUCAUUAAAUUAGCUUUGUUAAAGAACUUGUAAGAAAGAUGUUCAUGUAUUCAGGUAGAUAUUCUAAACAAAAUUACAAAUCAGUCGCCUUAAUUAUUCAUAUAUCCUAAUUGUAUACAUACCAAGUAAAGCUAUUUUCGCAGUGGGACCAAUUAACACAAAUCAUUAAACAUUUUGUAUUAUACAAUAUAUUUACAUUUCUAAUAAACCAACGUAAAUAUC